AUGUUCUCCAGGAUCGCUGGUGCUCUUCUCGCAUCCCUGCUCGCGACUGGCCGCGCGUCGCCCAUUUCUCUCGUCCCGCCGGGUCAUGCGGACGUCGUGAUCAGCCCCGACAUCACUUCGCCCACGCUUUUGACGGUGUGGACGGUCGGCUCGACGCAGACGAUCACUUGGGACGUGAGCAAGGUUCCUCAGACCGGCGCGAACGCAACUGGCCUGGUCUUGCUCGGCUACAGCGAGGACAAGAGCGAAAACUUGGACAUCCAGUCACCGCUCGCGACCCAAUUUCUCAUCGGGGACGGCCAGGUCGAUAUCACUGUGCCCAACGUUACAACGCGUAACGAUUACAUCGUCGUCCUGUUCGGCGACUCUGGCAACGCGUCGCCCACGUUCACCAUCACGUCCGCGUGA